AUGGAAGUGGAAUAUGCGGAUAAUGUCAACUCAAACCCAUGCACACCGCAACGAGCUCAAUUAUUCGAUCCGACGCAGCCAUCGACUUCCGGAAUGUCUUCGACGACGUCGACGCCAAGAAUGAUGCCUAAUCGAGUAAUCGACCCAGAAACACCCGUUGCCAAUCAGGGUGGAUUCUACGCGCAUUUUCCGCCGAAUAGCUCCUAUAUGCCAGGGACACCGAAUCGGACAAGCAGUCGAAUGUCAAAUAACGGCAUCGCGUCGUCUCCGUUUCGUCCGCAACCUCAGAACAUGGCUGUUCCGGCGAAUGAACGCGUUCAACAAUUGCGCGAAGCGGCGAUUGGAAAGCAGAAUUACAUGCAGCAAUGGAUGGGCUCUGGAUACAAUAUGCCGUCACCGCAGCAUUCAAAUCGACCGCCGAGCAUGAUGGGAUCGACAAUAUCGACCAUGUCACACAUGUCGGAUUUGUCGAGAUUCUCAAUUGGUGGAAUGAGCACAUUGUCGGUCAACACCGAAAUCGCCAACUAUUCAUGGCCGCAAAAUCCUCAUCAAGCGCCUCAUAUUUUGUCGAAGGUUUCCGGAUCAUCUUCGGUUGAAAAUCAGGAUCCGAUGAAGCAGAGACGACGGAUGAGCAUCAACGAGAUUAUUAUGAAUCUUCGAUCUUCGGAUUCGAUGAAUAAAAUGUUGUCGCUGAGGGAGUUGAUACCGGCAGCGGAGCAGAAUCAGCUUGAGAUGAGUCUCAAAAAGACGGAUUUGCGAGAUUUGAUCUAUACACUUUUUGAGAAUCUCCUACCACGUGAGAAUGAGGACGAAAAGGUUGUUGAGGCGACGCUAUACGUUCUUUACCACGCUGUAUUGUAUCCCUCCAAGACCCGGAUUUGCCUUAAAAUCUUCGACACUUUAAAUUUGGAGAUUAUGGGUCGAAUUUCGCGUGAAAAAUCCGGCGAGAUUGGUUCGCAAAACGUCGAGUUUCGAUUCGAGAAUCCCAAUGGCAUCUUCUCGAUAAUCAUGUAUCGUGCGAGUCAAAUGGAGUCGCGUUAUUGCACAAAAGCUUGGAUGCUUCUCACCCACUUGCUCUGCAAUACAUCGUUCAAACGACGGUUCAUCGCAGCAAAAUACGCGAGACCUGGAGAUGGUAAUAAGCCGCUGCGCGACGAAGUGACACGUUUUGCCGUCGAAUCGCUUAAAAAGGAUCUGAAAUCAAAGCCGAAGGGAUUCGCGGUGUCGAUCAUCAGGAAUUUGUCGCAAGCCAAUCCGGAAAUUCUACAAUUGGCGAUGAGCCUCGACGUUGUAAAGAUAUUCUUGAACAUUAUGAAGGAGGAGACGAUCCAUGAGGACCUCUUGUGGUCGACAGCAUUGGCGCUUUCUUCGUUUUUCUCGGAUUCGAGGAAUGGAGAGUACUUCAUACGACUUGGCGGAGCACAAAUCGUUUGUGGUUUGUUAUCGCAUGGUUCGUCAAGAUUGCUUCAUGAAUUGCUCGCUUGUAUGGCGAAAGUUGCCGAUUUACCAGCCAUCAAAGAGCAUAAUAUGGCCGAACCAAUCCACAGUGUGGUUCAACUUCUUGGAAGCUUUGAUCCGACGAUCGUCGAAAGAUCGACGGCGGUUCUUAUGAACAUUGGACUGCACAAUAAGAGCAACAAGGCGAUUCUGCUUCAAUGUGGCGUGACGAAUCACGUUUUCGCCGUUCUGCGCAUGUCGGAUCAAUAUCUGCAGUUGGCGACGAAUCCACAACAAUGCGAGGCGAUCCGAAUUCAAAUUGGCAACAUUUAUGAGAAUUGCCUUCGGAUUCUGAACAACGUCACGAUCAUGUCGCAAUCGGACAGCCGAGAAGUGUACACUGAAGCUUGCAAGAUGAUAAGCAUUAAUGUUGAUUCGGCCGCCACGUUCCUUAACUUUAUCUGCAUAGGAAAGAGAUAUUGUAGGAAAUUGGCUAUUACGAUUCUCAAGAGGGUUAUUGAGAUCAUCCCAUCAUACGCUGAGAGGUUUGUAGAUUUGCACGCUACUACCAACGAGCGGCUGCCAAUGUUGCUUCUCAAGAGAAUCUGGGAAUCGUUGAAACAGUGGAGACAAUUGAGCAAAGAGUUGAUGAUGAAUUCUGGUCCAUCAGCGGAGAUUGAAAAGAAAAGGAAAGAUCACGAAGGAAUCGUUUCGCGUUCAUCCUGUCUUCUGAGGACACUCUGUUUGACGUCGAACCCGAGAUUCAUGAAAGAUGUGAAAGACGCCAUGCUCAAUGCCGGCGCGAACCCGUUUCUUUUCUUAUCCCACGAAAUCAAUGAUCCGAUGCUGAGCGAUUGGCUCAAUUUCAUAUGGGAAGUUUGCAAUACGCAGGAAUCGCUGACCGAAAAGCUUUUGCUCAAAUUGAUGGCGGCGGCUAACCUCCAUCAUAGCUCGUUUCUUCACGAGCUCCAUGAGCGCCGACCGAAUCCGAUGAUCCGAACGGCGAUACGCAAUAUGAUCCAACUUGCUGAUCAGCAAGGAACCACACCAUGA